AUGGAACAAAAUUAGUUACUUGUGGUAGAGAUUAAUAAAUUUUGUUAAUGGAAAGAUCUAAUCGAUAAUUGUGGUAUGUUAUACAAAAGAUUUCUUAGAAUGGUUAUCGUAUUAUAUUUACAAUUCUAUACAAUCGAUCAUUCCACUGAACUAUAUAUAAAAUCAAAGGAACUGCAAGUUUAAGGAGAAGUAUAAGAAUGCUAGUAUUAUUUUACCUAAAUAUAUCUUCCAGAUAACUUCUACUUUCCAAAAAUGGCCAUUUUGUAAAUUUACUGUAAUUAAAUUUUGAUUCUGAAAAUUGGGAUUGCAUAUUUAUAGAAGGUAUUGAGUUUGAUUAAGGUGGAAAUUUUGGAAACAUUUUUGGGACAAUGA